AUGGCAAUCACUCUCACAGGAAGCUGCUUCUGUAGAAGCUUAGAGUUCAAGAUCACGCUCAACUCAGUGGACGACGCGAGGACUACGCUAUGUCACUGUGGGAAUUGUAAGAAAGCUUUUGGUACCAACUACGGUCUCACGUCGAAAAUCCCCAAAUCUGCGUUCCAGUAUACUAAAGGGAAACCUAAAGAACAUGCAAUGGAUAAUGGUGGAGGGAGCGUAGUGACCAGAGAGUUCUGUAGGGAGUGCGGAUCGUAUAUCUUGGAAUAUGGGGCUCAAGCCAAGAACGAUUUUCGAUUCGUUACCCUCGGUUCACUAGAUGACCCUACUGUGCUUCCUCCUAAAGGCGAGUUCUUCACUAAAGAUAGGUUAGACUGGAUGCCUCAAAUUCCAAACACUUUCCAGAAAAGAGAGAUCAAGGAGUAA